UUUUCCCUCCCAUUCUCUCCCAUUCAAAUGGAUUUGUUCUUCUUCCACAAAACAGAGAAAGUUUUGAGCCCUAAUCUCCUCCAAAUAUUCCCCAAGUUCUUCCGAUUCCUAGAGCUCUGCUUCCUGCUCCUUUUCCUCUCCUGGAUCCUCUCUCGGCUCCCGAUCGCCCUCACAAUCUCCGCCGACUUCUUCCGAAAACUCUUCGGCUUCCUCGCCAGUCCGCUCUUCGGAUUCCUCCUCUGUAACGCCAUUAUCUUCGCACUACUUACCAAACCUACCAAAUUUUCAGACCGCAGCGCCGUAACCGUCGUCGAUGGAGACGAAAUCGAUCGGAUUUACGCAGACCUAAUCGAAAAAUCUGGAAGCGACGGCGUGCAUGAACGCAAGGUGGAGACUGUGUACAAGGACAAACAGAUCAUCGCGGAGCCGAUUAGUUCAAUCGAUCACAAAAUUGAAGAGAGGAACGCGGAUACGGAGUCCGAAUCUGGAGUAGAUCAUCCGAAAGUGAUAUUGAGGACGCUAUCAGAGAAACUUAAGCCGAAAACGCAGAGUGAGAAGCUCCGCCGUUCAGAGACGGAGAAGUGCCGGAAUCUGGAGCAUUCGCACGACAUUUUGUACUACCAGGACGAUUUGAGCAGCGAGGAAUUUCAAAGGAAGAUUGAGGCGUUCAUAGCGAAAGAGAAGAAGUUUCGACGGGAAGAAUCUUCCGCCAUUGUACUCCACUGAGACGGUUAAUCGCCGGUUGAAAAAUACGACUACAAAAAGCAAAAGUAAACUUUCAAUGUACAGAGUAAAAUUUCUCUUACCUAGAGAAGGGUAAAGUGGGUAUUUGGCUUUAGUUCUAAUUUUUCUUUAGGGAAGGGGAUUUUGUUUGUCUGUUACUCGUCCUAUGGCUCUUGGUGGACUUGCAUUUGACAACUGAUCUGUGACGUUAAUUUGGGACCAAUUGGGUGA